AACAACACAGCUGCUUGUCAGCUGUUUUGUAUUUGGAAGCAAGUCAUAAAAAAUAGCAACGUGAACAAACGCUGUCAACUAUUCGUUCAAUGCGUGCAAAUUCUUUUAAUAUUGUAUAAACUGUGAUUAACUGUGAUAACGAGAAUGUCCUUGCAAACAGCCCUGACAUUUAUAUUCACUAUAAUCACUUCCGUUAGCAUUGUAGCUGCGAUUAUUUUGUUGGGCUGGUUUCUCAUUUGGAAGGCAUUUCUGUCGAAAUUUCGUCUGGUUCGUGAGCUGCUGGGUCAAGAGGAGCCGGAGGAUCAACCAUUACACGUUGGCGAACAAAAUCAAAACGUUCGAGCACGCAAAGCACGACGCGACUAA